CAGCUGAUUUCCGUGGAUGGCGUUUUUUUGCAGGAUCAGAUGUUCGUCCUAACCUCGUCGAGGCAUGAAUGCGCCUCUCAUAGCUCUCGAAUCUGCCGUGGCACACUGACACGCAGCUUCCCCCUGACAGUAAACCCACAGACGUAAUGGCCCAGGCUGCACAGAUGAACGUCCUUGAUAUCAACACUCCUCCUCUUCGAGUGGAGCACGACAAAAAACGACGACAAUUCAGCAUCCGACUGAACGGUUCCCAUGACAAGGCUGUGCUGCUGUAUGAAUACGUGGGGAAGAAAACAGUGGAUCUGCAGCAUACUGAGGUUCCUGAAGCUUACAGAGGACGAGAGAUUGCCAAACACCUAGCCAAGGCUGCAAUGGAUUUUGUGGUAGAGGAAGACCUGAAAGCCCAUCUAACAUGCUGGUACAUCCAGAAAUACGUCAAAGAAAAUCCCCACCCCCAUUACUUGGAGCACAUCAUCCAUUGAGGGCAAGCAAGAGAGAGAUGGGGACACGAAAUGAAGAUCUCUCAGUUCUAAUAGGAUGAUUUGGGAUUGGGCGGGAUGUGUAUCUGUGGGAUGUGGGUGGGGGGGUGGGGGGGGUCCCUAAUCUGUCUGAUUGGUCUUGAAACUCCACAAAACAAAAGAUGUAUUUUUGGUUUGCGAGCAAGAGUGAAUGCGUUUGAAAGUGGGGAGAUAUCUGAAGCUAUACCAAGCUGUGUAAACGUUUUCUUGGAAGCCUGCACUCAGAGUGUGGACUUUGAGGUGGUCAAGGGAUUCAGUCCCCCAGUAAUUUCAGUGGUUUUCAAACUUUCAAGCCAGUGCAGAGAAGUGAGAGGAUAACACCCAAUAUGAGCUCAAAAUAUGAUCAUAAAAGUGACGUUAGACAGCAAAUGCCUCUCUGGCCUCAUGCCUUCUGAUUUUAGCGGUGCUUACGAGAGAGAUGCACACCUAAUUGUGUUCCCACAUGCACAGACAAUCUCUCAAACCAUACAAAGUGCACAUCCAGCCUGGCAUGGAUUAUAAGGGACAACACAAUCUACCGUCCCAGUCAGAGACAGCCAUUUUAUUAUCUGCAUGUUCUAGGCUGAUUUUGUGCUUUUGCGUGUGUGUGCCCGGUGUAGACUAUGGCCAGUGAGGAGCUCAGAUUCUGAAGACAAUCGCCCAACCUUAAUAAUCUGCAGGGCUGAACCUCUCAGGAUGCACUCUUAAUAAAAACAAUAAAGCACCUCUCCAUAGAGGAUUCUGUUA